CCGGAUAUCGAUUUUAAGGUCAUGUGACACAUUUUCCUGGUCAUGUGAAUAUUGAGGUUUUGAGAGGACAAAUAUAUAAUUAGGAAAAGUCGAAAAUGGAAAAGGAACCAACUAAAUCCGUUGGAGUACAGUCCGGGCUUGUUUACAAUAGCCUCUACGGAAUAUUCAUUGGAAUCCUUAUUCUCAUUGGCCUGUAUUACAACCUAACAGGGAAAGGAUCACGAUUUGACAUAGGAUGGUUUCUCCAAUCAACAUCUCCGUAUAUGUGGGCACUGAUCGGUACUGGAUUUGCCAUCUCUUUAUCAGUAGUAGGGGCAGCAUGGGGUAUCUACACAACUGGAACAAGUAUCUCCGGUGGUGGAGUUAAGGCCCCUCGUAUUAAAACCAAAAACUUAAUCAGUAUCAUUUUCUGUGAAGCUGUAGCUAUUUAUGGUAUUAUUAUGGCGAUUGUCAUCAGUACCAACCUUGUGCAUUUUGAUUUGACCAUGUUGGAAAAUGACAAGGAUAAAAUAUAUCAGAACUAUGCUGCUGGUUAUAUGAUGUUUGGAGCUGGUUUAACUGUUGGUGUAACUAAUCUGGCUUGUGGAAUAUGUGUAGGAAUCGUUGGAUCUGGUGCUGCCUUGGCAGAUGCUGCAAACUCUUCGCUCUUUGUAAAAAUUCUAAUUAUUGAAAUCUUUGGCAGUGCUAUUGGUCUGUUUGGACUUAUUGUGGCUAUCUUACAAACAUCGAGAGCUACCAUGGCCAGCAGUGGUGCAUAGAAAAUAAAACAGAAGCAAGAUGAACGACAAUAUUAACUUGGUCCCGAUCAUGAUCAAAACAGUAGAACUAUUUAAUUAAACAGUCCAUAAUAAACUUUAUUCUUCAAGCUAUAAACUCAGUUUUAAAAAUUAUAAUGUCCAAAAUGUCUGUGUGUUAUGAAUAGACAUAUUAAUCUAUUAGUUCAGGCGUUAUCUCUCUAUGUCUAAUGUGUACAUUCCACUGUAUCUACGAUAUGUAUAGUUAUAUGUAUAGUGUUUUGGGAAUCUGCUUUGUUUAACCACUUAUUUAUCUACCUUUGUAUAUAUAUAUAUUCCCCCAAGGGCAAAAUGUCAGAUAGGCUCUGGUAGGACCUUAUUUUCCACCCUUGUUAUAUAAAGUUAUGAAUAUUAUUCUAUUUCGAGAACUAAACCUUUUUGAUUGAUGUCAAAAUAAAGUAUUGAAUUAAGUUGAUCUGAGGUGUUAUUAGGAGGCAGAAAGUUGGCUUACUAAAUUUACUAAUUAUAUUUCUGUUUUUUGAUUAAACUGUUGACGAUAGAAAAAAAUAUCAGUUAUUGCUACAUAACUGCCUGUCUCUGGACCUAAUAUGUUAAAUGUAGCAAAUACACACAUCAAACGAAUGACUAGUCAUUUCAAUAUCUAUGUUAAAAGAUUUACUAACAUAUUUAUAAAGAAUAUCACACAGAAUUCUCAUAAAUUGUUUGUAAUUAAUGGAGAAAUAGUCAAUAAAUUAGAGCAUCUAUUAAAUUAAGUGGGGGUUUCCCUACUUUGCUGAACCAACAGGCCUAAGGAAGACGGGCAUGCAUCCUGCAGUAUGCAAUCAGGGAAAUUUUUCCCAGGCAGCAGCAAAUCUGCCUAUUCUUUGUCGAAUUCCAGAUUUUAUAUCCAUGGCCAUGUGUACACAGGACAUCAGGGUAUUUUUUUUGUCCCAUCCCAACAACUAGACAAUGUUCCUUGCCAGGAACUUAGUCUUGCAUCACUGACAACAAGAAGACCAAUGGAAAAUCCUAAGGAACCUUCUUGACUAAAAUUCGUUUUAGAAAGAAUUGUAUUUUAUUUUUUAAAAAAUGCAUUUAUAGGCUAAUCUUAUUGAAAAAAUUCUGAACAUAACAAGCUUUAUAAUAAUGGACUGGUGUAUGUAUGGAAAAGAUUUCAGAAUAGUUAUUAUUUAUUAUGUAUAUGAUUAAGUAAUGUCCUCCAAACAUGUGACAUAUAUUAGACUAUUAUUAUUAGGUGAAAGUAAGCAGUACAUAUUUGUGAUUUAGCUGGUGCAUCAUUUUAUUGGCUUAAUUCUAUUAAAGCUGUAGGCGACAUAAAUUAUCAUUAGUGUAUAUGUUGUAAUUUCAAAUAUUAUUGUUAAAUUAAUGAAAGAUUUAUGUAAUAAAACGUUUUAAAUAAUCAGAAAA